CCGUUAAAAGUACCUGUAAAAACAAUCUGCACCGUUCGCCCAUUUCUGUUGCUCUUUCUGAAUCUGUGAUGAUGAUUAUUAGGUGACUAAACAAACCCGCGUUGUUCAAAACAAAGACCCAACAAGUCUAGGCGCUCAUCUGGAUUCCUCAUCUUCUUCUUCUCUCCAAUGGCGCCUUUGAGUUCUGCUGUAUCUCUCUUCAAUGGAGAGAGAACAGUUGUUGUUCUAUUCCUUACUCGUAUUCUUUUCUGUAUACCAAAAUCUCUUUAUUAUGAAAGUUUAGGUCUAUGUUUAUUAGCGUUUGCUGGUUUGUUUAUUGAGAUCUCCGCUGAAAAUUCAACAUCCUUGAAUCAAUUCAAAUCGAGGCCAGGUGCUUCUUCUGGGAUACUGCUGGGAGCAGUUACUUUACCUUCUGUUAUGCUUUCUCGGUUGAUACAGCUCUCGAGAGCCGUUGAAUCGAAAGAUAUUGGACCUCAAGAGCUUGAUUAUUUGAUUGUUCAAUAUUGGGCUGUAUCUGCAACCUGUUUCGGGGUGCUUCUUUUCCUUUGUUGCUUAAUUCGACAUUCGACCAAUGCAACAAGUUUUUCGAGGUUUCGGAGAUCUCAUGGCACAGAGAUUAGCUUAUUGUACACGGCUGUUUAUGUGGCAGUUUGCUGUUUCUCUCUUGCACGACAAUCUAAUUUUGGUUCGCCUUUAGCGAUGAAAUUAUUUUGGGUGUUCUGUCAUGGAUUAGCAGCUGUGAAGUUAAUUCAGCAUUUUCUUCACACUUUCCCAUCAUGCGCUUCCAUAGGUGAAGCACUUCUGGUGACUUCUGGCCUUGUUCUCUAUUUUGGUGACAUGACAGCUUACACUCUUGCCAAGCUCAACACAUUUCUCAUUUCGCCAGAGUUACUUUCUGAACAGUAUGGUUUUAAAAGAAGUGAGAUUAUUACCAUUAUUCAGGGAUUCGUAAUCAGCCUUCUCGUAUUUCCUGUGUUCUAUGGUUUUUUUCUACGAAUUUAUCACCAGCUGUCAGGUUGGAUUAGUCCUCAAACUCAUGCAGCUGAAGAGAUGGAUUCCAAAGUGAUUGAGAGUUCUCUUCUUUUUUAUGCUUCUUUGAUGGUGACGUUAGUUGUGAUUGCCCCAGCAUGGAUGCAGUUUGUUCAGGGGUUUCACCAUCAUCCUUUAUUAUGGAUAUUGAAUUUUGUGUUUGAAGAGCCACUGAAAAGGCUUGCACUAUGUAUAUAUUGGGUCACUGUGAUAUGUGCAUCAGUUUUGCGCUUUUAUAAUAUUUCAAAAAGUAGCAAAAUUGAGAGGAUUCUUCUUCGGAAAUACUACCAUCUUGUGGCUGUUCUUAUGUUUUCACCAGCUCUUAUAUUCCAGUCCACUUUCCUUGAUCUAGCAUUUGGUGCUGCUCUGGCUGUUUUCUUGAUAUUAGAAAUUGUUCGAGUAUGGAAAAUAUGGCCCUUGGGGAAACAUAUCAACCAGUUCAUGAAUGCGUUUACAGACCAUCGCGACUCUGAGCUCCUUAUUGUCAGCCAUUUUUCACUCUUGCUGGGAUGUGCACUUCCUAAAUGGUUAUCAACUGAUUUCAACGAUCGCCCACUUGCCCCUUUCGCUGGAAUCUUGAGCUUAGGAAUUGGAGAUACAAUGGCAUCAAUGGUCGGAUACAAGUAUGGGGUUCUCAGGUGGAGCAAAGCAGGCAAGAAAACCAUAGAAGGUACUGCAGCAGGUAUAACAUCUAUUCUUGCAGCUUGCUCCGUUCUCCUUCCACUUCUAGCAUCAACUGGUUUUAUAAUCUCUCAGCAUUGGAUCUCCCUCCUCAUAGCUGUGACUGUGAGUGGGUUAUUAGAGGCAUACACUGCCCAGCUGGAUAACGCGUUCAUUCCAGUGGUCUUUUACAGCCUUCUCUGUUUGUGAGUACAGGACUAGGAAUCUAGGAAUUAUUAGAUGAGGAGCCUUCUCUGGUUGACCUAAUACUGUGCUUUCCUCGAGCACAAUUUUUGUACAUAUUCUCUAUUAUCCCGCGGCAAGUCGGCUGUAAUAUGUAGUUCAUGUAGAUAAUGAACUAUCAAAUGAAACUGAAAUAUCAAAUGAGUUAUAGGAAGGUUUGGUGUUUCCUGCUUUCUGACCGUCUCCAUCACCAUUUUUCCAAAGAUCUGUCUACUGUACUUGAUACUUACUCUUUUUUGUUAAGCCGAGUUUUUAGCGGUCCAAAACAAGAAACUGCUUGAACAUUGUUUUGCUUGUAAAAUACAGAUUACAGGUCAAACAAUUUCAUAUCUCGAAAAUGUAAUGUAGCUUAUUUACAUCAACUGAAGAAAGGUAUUGU